AUGGGUAAGGAUUAUUACAAAAUUCUUGGUAUUUCGAAAGGUGCUUCGGAGGAUGAAAUCAAGAAAGCCUAUCGCAAAAUGGCCUUGAAGUACCAUCCAGACAAGAACAAGUCGCCUGGUGCUGAAGAGAAGUUUAAGGAGAUUGCCGAGGCCUAUGAUGUUUUAAGUGAUCCUCAGAAGAAGGAGGUCUUCGACAGAUAUGGCGAAGAAGGUUUGAAGGGAGGAAUGGGAGGAGGUGGUGGUGGUGGCGGCGGCGCCGGCGGAGCUGGAGGCCGACCUGGUAACUUCACCUACUCAUUCCAUGGCGAUCCUCACGAAACCUUCAGAAUGUUCUUCGGCAACGAAAAUCCUUUCGAAAGUUUCUUCAGCUUUGGUGGUCCACAGGGCGGCAGCAGUGGUGGUGGUGGUGGUGGUGGAGGUAUGGGUGGCAGAUCACCAUUCUUCCAGUUCAACACUACUCGGGGAAUGGACGAUGAAAUGGAAGUCGAUGGUCAAGAUCCCUUUGGACAGUUUGGUCAGACACAAGGACAGCGACGUAAACAGCAAGAUCCUGCAGUUAUCAGAGAGCUGCCUUGUUCACUUGAAGAAAUCAACACCGGCACGACCAAGAAGCUGAAAAUCACCCGCAAAGUUCUCAACCCUGAUGGUCGAACAACUCGAAGCGAAGACAAAAUUCUGGCCAUUGAUGUCAAGCCUGGCUGGAAAGCUGGCACAAGAAUCACAUUCCCCAAAGAAGGUGACCAGACACCUCAUAACGUAGCAGCAGAUGUUCAGUUCAUUAUCAAAGACAAGCCCCACCCCACCUUCACAAGAGACGGCAGUGACAUUCGGUACAAAGCCCGUAUAUCGCUCAGGGACGCUCUCUGCGGCACAACUAUUUCAAUACCCACCUUGAGUGGUCGCAAGAUUCCCCUUCAACUGACUGAAGUUAUCAAACCUAACACCGUGAAACGAAUCCCAGGAGAAGGACUACCAUUGCCCAAAAACCCCUCUCAGAAAGGUGACCUCAUCGUGGAGUUCAACGUCGUUUUUCCAAACAGUAUACCACAGACAGCGAAGGAAAUUCUCAAGGACUUAAUUCCACAAUCAUAA